AAAAAAAUCAAUGCUUAGUUGUCAGUUCUCAGUUAUCAUUUACUUUCUGUUGAUUGUUGUGUUCAUUUUUGUUGUAAAUUAUUAUAAACAUUUAAAUAUUUCAUUCAACUCAAUGCAUUUAAACGCAGAUAUAUCUAGUGCUCUUCAGUUAUUAGAAGAUAUUAAACAAACAGUAGAAGAUUUAGAUGACCUCAAACUUCAAGCAAACACAAACCAAGAUCUCAAUUUAUUAAUUUCAGUAUUAGAGAAUCCAAUAUUUAGAAGUAUAGUGACAGUUCAAGACUCCCUAAGCGAGUUAAAUCAACAGUUGGGACAGCAUCCCUCCAUAUUGCCCGUCGAUUUCGAUAUAACUCCAUCAGGCGAAUUAGCCAUAAACGUUCCUCCGGGUGGUGAACUGUAUGAUCCCGGUUAUGGGGAGGAUUUCCAUCACUCGCAAGAUUUUGACGAGCAAAGGGUGCCGUCAGCACCGGUUUCUCCCAGUUCACCUCAAGUGCACAACUUCAAUGUCUCGGACGAUAAAAUACUUUUAGUGGACGGAAAACAAUUAGAUCCUAACAUAUCACAUCAAGAGGCAUUGCGUAUUUUACAAAAAGCUCAAGGUUUGACGAUCGUUCCAAGGACAGAUGAAGAAAAUGUCCAUAGAUCUCCAUCUGCCGUUAGCGAUUCCUCUAAGGCAGGCUCGGAUAUGUUGCUAAGUACGGAAUGGGCUCAGGUGGAGGGUAUUGAUUUAGUGAAUGACGGUACCGGGCUUGGUUUUGGCAUAGUUGGUGUCCGAACGAUGGGAGUCGUGGUAAAGACUAUUUUACCUGGGGGAGUUGCUGACCGUGAUGGUAGAUUGCAAAGUGGAGAUCAUAUUUUACAGGGAAUCAAUUCUUGGUUAGUGUGGAGAUAUUCUUGCGCUAUGUGCGACAUUUUUAAUCCCACUGACUCAUCUCGAAUUUUGUGAAUACCCUGAGACGACUUUAAUUGAGUUCAUUCUGAUGGGACAGGAAUUGAUGGAAAGCUAUUCCUUUACCAAGACCGUGAGGAUAGAAGCAUUUCAUCCCAACUUUUUAAUUUUCAGUUUUUGGUAAUCAAAUUUGUUUGAGGUUUUCCCCAAAGAAAUUGAGCCAUAUAACUGCGAUGGAGAUGGUAAAUGAAAGUGGGGUAAUCAGGUUUGACGCAAGUCUAGAAGUCAUUGUUGGUUUUGUUAUCAAAACUGCAUCAGUUCUUGGUUAAACAAUUUAGGAAAGUUGAACAUUUAUUUGUUACUUUUUUUGCAACU